GUGCUUGGCUGUAUCAGUACCAUUUGUAAACAGUGCUCAUAAGUGUUAGUUACCAAUUGGGUUGAGCACGCGUUUUUUGGGUCUAUCCUGGCACAAAGGCUUCGUUAAAAGAAACUAACACCAAGAGGGAUUUCAAGAAAACUCGCAGUUCAGGAGUGGAAGUAAUUUUGUAAACAUAGAGAGAAAUUGUCACUGGUAGUGAAAGGGGAUAUUACAACCAACCAUGGCUGAGGGUGGCUUGGCUGUUCAAAUCAAUGGGGAUGCCGGCGGGAAAGCGAAGGCGCUGGAGGCAGCGGGAGGCCAGAUAGUUCCCGUGGAUGUGGAGCAGAUGAAUAUGGAGGAUGACGAUGAGCAACUGGUUGAAGAAGAGGAGGUGGAUCGUGGAGGAUGGGGCAACAAGUUGGACUUCAUCAUGGCGUGUAUCGGCUACGCAGUGGGCCUGGGUAACGUCUGGCGGUUCCCUUAUCUCUGCUACAAGAACGGUGGAGGAGCCUUUCUUAUCCCUUACUUCGUGUCAUUGGUGGCGUGUGGUGUGCCUAUCUUCCUCAUGGAGGUCUCACUCGGUCAGAUGCUUCAAACAGGAGGCAUCAGCGUCUGGGAACUAUUCCCCGCUAUAAAAGGUGUUGGUCUGUCCGCCGCCACCAUCGCCGCCAUGCUGAACGUAUACUACAUCAUCAUCGUGUCGUGGUCUCUGUUCUAUAUGUUCGUCUCCUUCACCAGCGAACUUCCGUGGCACGACUGCAGCAACUACUGGAACAACGAGUUCUGCAGCGAGCUGCAGCUGCAGUCUAACUUGACCGCUGACAUCAAGAAGUCGUACUUUCUGUCCACCAACGGCUCGUUGCUGCCUAAGGAGUUAGGCGAGUCAUCCGCCGAACAAUAUUGGGAGAGAAGAGUGCUACACAUAAGUGGAGGCUUUGAAGAGGUCGGUAGUAUUCGUUGGGAUCUCAUAGGAUGCCUUGCCUUUGCCUGGGUGCUGACAUUCCUCUGUAUUUGGAGAGGCGUCAAAACGACUGGAAAGAUCGUCUGGUUCACGGCCCUGAUUCCUUACGCUAUCCUGCUUAUCCUCCUCAUCAACGGUGUACUUCUAGAAGGCUCUUAUGAUGGUAUUAUCUAUUACAUCACGCCUACGUUUGACAAACUCACUGAACCCACGGUAUGGGUUGAUGCUGCUACUCAGAUCUUCUUCUCCUACGGUGUGGGUAUCGGCUCUCUCAUAUCCCUCGGUAGCUACAACCCUUACAGAAAUAACUGUUUAAUUGAUACCAUUGUGGUGGGCAUCGUGAACGCGGGUACCAGUCUGUUCGCGGGUUUCGUCAUCUUUGCUGUCCUGGGCUACAUGGCCUUCAUACAAGAAGUGGACGUUUCACAAGUGGCAGAUGAAGGGCCAGGGUUGGCAUUUGUUGCCUACCCGACGGCUGUUGAUACCAUGCCUGCUGCUCCUUUCUGGUCAAUCUUGUUCUUCGCCAUGUUGGUCAUGCUGGGUCUGGACAGUCAGUUUUGCGUCGUUGAGGGCUUCAUCACUUCCCUCAUGGACGGCUUUCCAGAGUUCCGUCUCAGAAAGAAUCGGACGAUUUUCGUCAUCUCCAUCUGCGUCAUCGACUUUUUCCUGGGAUUCAUGUGCCUCACAGAAGGCGGGAUGUACAUGUUCCAGUUGUUGGAUUCCUACGCGGCCAGCGGUAUGCCGCUGUUGUGGGUAGCCAGUUUGGAGUGCAUCACGAUAUCCUACGGCUACGGGAUCCGACGAUAUUACCGAGAUGUCACCACCAUGCUUACCUUCACUCCCGGCUGGUUCUGGCCCAUCAGCUGGGCUAUACUCACACCGGUUGUGACUGUGGGUAUUUUUAUCUUCAGUCUGGUUGACUACUCCGGACCAAAGUAUGGAGACGAUUACUAUUUCCCCAUCAGUGGGGAGAUUCUUGGCUGGAUGAUGUCACUUGCUUCUAUGCAGUGGGUCAUCACUUACGCUAUUUAUCUCUUCGUUGUCACUCCGGGCACAGCUAGAGAGCGGCUGCGCUAUAUGGCAACAGCUCGCGUCUUCCCCAAGGAGAAAGAGAACCCGCUUCCAGUGGAAGAUAGCAGCGUGGAUGGGGGUAGCGUGCACUCGUCAGAAGACCGUGAUGGAGACAGUAUCCCGCCAAAGUACGAGAAAAAUGUGGAUGGGGGGAACGCCUUCGAUAACGAGGGUUAUACCAAGGACAACGGGGACAUCCGUCUCGACGUUCGCACUGGAGAUAGUGACGAGGAGGAGUAAAGAAAGCGCGACUUGAAAUGAAGCUAGCGGAUGCAUAUUGUAGUCACAAUAUUUGACACGGUUGGUCGGGUUUUUUUUUUACGUAUACCAUACACAGAGGGGUACCAAUGUCCGUAUACCCUAUAAACAUUGUAGACUAAUAUACCUCACACAUCCCAUAGAGACUCCUCUUUUGCUUCAAAAUAAUGUUUUGACGACCCCUCUGA